AUGAAGACAUUAUCUUAUAUCUUACCGUUGGCAAAAUUUGCCGUUUCCCAGGAUAUAAUCGAUCUUGGUAACGAAAAUUGGACCUUGACAGGCCCAAACAUCACAGUCCCUGGUUCUGCACCAUCCCAGGCACACCUGGAUCUCUUUGCAGCUGGCGUGAUUGGGGAUCCACUAUAUGGAGAAAAUGAUACCGAGCUGCUCUGGGUCCAGAGAUCUAACUGGACUUACUCAACCGUGAUCUCCGACCUGAGUCAAACCGAGGAUUUUUCAACGUGGCUUAUUUUCGAUGGCCUUGACACCUUUGCCUCUAUCGAAUUUUGUAAUCAAUUUGUUGGAAAUACGGACAACCAGUUCCGCCAAUGGUACUUCGAUGUGACCGAUAUAGUUCGCUCAUGCAAGGAUGAGCCCAAGUUGAGUCUCAACUUCGGGUCCGCCUCCAAGAUAGUAAAAGAGAUAGCAGAAAAUGGCGACCCUCUCUUGAAUAGCGCAGACGGUGGCCCAACCGAAGAAUUCUGCUGCAAAGAAUACAUGCGUAAGGAGCAGUCUGACUUUGGCUGGGAUUGGGCUCCAAAGAUAGCACCCGCUGGGAUCUGGCAGCCGGCACGGGUCGUACAGCUAGAUUCCGCUUCACCUAUAUACGUUCGAAACGCCUUGAUAGAUAUAUUUCGAAAAGGUCAGAUGAAUAAUAUCCCGCCAGAUCAGUCCCAGCCAUGGAUAUUCAAUGUGAGCCUUGAUUAUCUAGGCACCUUGCCUCGAGACUCUUCACUGCGUGUCUUCUUGAAUGAUGCUAGCGGAAAGUUGAUAUUGAAUCGGACUUUGGAUGAUACCUACCAAUCCACGAACACGAUAGAGGGGAGUAUCACUAUUGACCCCAAGUUGGUUGACCUUUGGUGGCCGACAGGACUGGGGUCACAACCGCUCUACAAUGCCACUAUCGAAAUUCUUCAUGGCGAGAAAACCAUUUCAGAAAUUUCUCGCAGAGUUGGAUUUCGGACUGUCGUACUAAAUCUGCUACCAGUGACAAAAGAAAAACAGGCUGAGGGUAUUGCGCCUGGCUCGAACUUUCACUUCGAGGUUAAUGGCCAUGAAUUUUAUGCCAAGGGCUCAAAUCUCGUUCCGCCUGAUGUCUUCUGGCCAAGAGUGAACGAAACAAAGAUACGAAAUCUAUUUGAGACCGUUGUUGUCGGAAAUCAAAAUAUGCUCCGAGUAUGGUCAUCUGGCGCCUAUCUUCCUAGCUGGAUCUAUGACAUUGCAGAUGAAAUGGGCAUUCUCUUGUGGUCUGAGUUUGAAUUCUCCGAUGCCGAAUACCCUGCCAAUUCCAGCUACCUGGCUCAGUAUGAAGCAGAGGCCACUUAUCAAGUUCGUCGCGUCAACCACCAUCCCAGUCUUGCCCUCUGGGCCGGCGGCAACGAGCUAGAGCAGAUCAUGCUGAGCUAUUUCUUUGAUCCUGAUAAUCCCGGGACCCUUCUCCGCGAAUACGAGCAUAUCUUUCUAGAAUUGCUGAUUGGGGCUGUUUACUCAAAUACAAAAUCAAUCAGCUACAUUCCAUCAUCCACAUACAACGGAUUCUUGAGUUUGAACUUUAGCUCCACGAUGCCCCAGCUUCCACGGUAUCACAAUACAUCUGGACCAGGUUAUAUCUACGCAAAUACAGACACAUAUAACUAUGAUGCGAGCCAAGCCUUCAAUCUUAGCUCCUAUCCAGUUGGUCGAUUUGCUACUGAAUUCGGAUUCAUCUCCAUGCCCUCGGUUUAUUCCUGGAAGCAAGUCAUACCGGAUGACCAGCUCUUUAUGUCCUCGGACAUGGUGAUUCAUCACAAUCGCCAUUACCCUUUUGGAGGACCUGCCAAUGCUACUGAUCGAGAACUUUCGGUUCUAGGGCUCGAAGAGAUGACUGCUGCAGUACAAGAUUGGUAUCCAGUCCCAGAUAUACAGAACAGUAUAGCGAACUUCAGUGCGUGGUGCUGGACAACUCAGGUCUUCCAGGCCGACUUUUACACCUCCGAAUUAGCCUUCUACAGACGUGGUUCCGGUAUGCCACAGCGAAAUCUCGGGUCGCUGUAUUGGCAAUUAGAAGAUCUUUGGGCUGCACCUACAUGGUCCAGCAUCGAACCUGACGGUCGCUGGAAGGUUCUCUUUUAUCGCGCAAAAGACAUCUUCCAGCCCGUUAUCGGGCAUUCUUUCUAUAACUAUAUCACGGGUGAUUUGGAAGCCUGGGUCAUGUCUGAUCUUUGGUCUCCAGUUAGUGGGACGGCGAAACUGAGCUGGAUGGAUUGGAGGGGGAAUCCACUCUCUGGGCCGAACAAGCCUAUCUCCAAGACGAUUCCGUUCACGGUUGGAGCCAUCAACUCGACUCUUAUAUUCAAGACAAAUCUUCUGAAUGACUACAUUGAUCUUGACUUGUCAAAUUCCCUCCUUCGCGUGGAUAUCUCCGGUGAUAGUGUCGCACCCAAUGAGUCCCAAAAGAUGACAUAUGCGCAUACAUCUUUCUUCCAUCCAGAGUCCCUGGGAAAGGCGAAGAUUCAAGAUCCGGGACUUCGAAUCUCUCGUUCUGCCGGGGGCCAUAACUUCCGUGUUGAAGCGAACGGCGGAGUGGCGGCGUGGGUGUGGUUAGAUCAUCCACUCGGAGUGCAGGGCUAUUUCUCGGACAAUGGAUUCUGGCUGGCCCUGGGGGAAAGCAAAAAUGUCCAAUUUACAGUCAAGAAGGACUGGACAAACGGAGAAUGGGCGGAUGGUGUUCUAGUUAGGAGUAUUUGGAAUAAUACUUUGUCCAACUGA